AUGGGUCCUGUUACACGAAGUCGUCGCUUAGAUGUCGGGCAUCAUGAUUCCGACCCCGAAUCCGAUGCACCUGCUACUGUCAAUGAAAUCGAGGUGCAUCUGAACAAAGCCGUACGAGGGGCGCGGGCACUACAAGAGGAACUGGAAGAACUGAAGAGACAAAACACCGAGUUAAAACAGAGGUUGGAGCACGUUGAGCACCCAGACCAGCCAAAACGCGGCAGGAAAGGCGGUCCUACCUUUGUGGCGUUGCAGGGUACAAUCAGGGAACUCAACAGUCGCAUUCGUGACUUAGAAAAGGCGAGGCGGAAGGACAAGAAGAAGAUAGACAAGGCACGUCGUGACAGGCUUCAACUCCUGCUCUAUCUACGCAUGCGAGAGGCCAAAGCAGACGCUAGUGAGCUGCAGGACGAUGCUGAGCUGGACGUCGGGGACACAGCGCACACAAUGAGAAAGCAGUGGGAUGCCCUACUUGAAAUCGCGAAGGCAUGGGCCAAGGUUGAUCUGCUCAGGCAAGAGGACACCAGUGAAGAGGAGGCUGAAGAGCAAUUCAUCGACGAUGAGCCGCCGGACGCUGAUGUCAGUUCGGUUCGUUCUGUGUUAACGGGACGGUCGGCAACAUCGCCAGAGCCUGAGGUGCAGCACAACGGGGCAGACGACAAGGAUGACGAACCUCCGACAUCCUCGAAUCCUGCAAAGAAACGGAGAAUUGCUUUCUCACCAGAAUCUUCGCCGCUCUCUCAGCCGCCAAGCCCCAAUACCGAAGAGGUGCCCCAGAAUGAAGCUGGGAUGUCGCAAAUUCCUAUUGAGACAAUCUCCAACCAGACGGCCGCAGAGCAGGUCGUUGCAGGGAACCCCGCUGCCGUCAACUAG